AUGAUCAUUCUAGCGUUUACUUACAAUCAGAAAAACACUUCUACCGUGUUUGGGCCCAAGUAUGAGGACGAAAAAUGGACGUACGCUGAUCAAGAGGGCAAUCUGGUCGAUAAACCGGACGAUGGUGAUACGAAACCCGCAUCUCCCCAUCAAAGAUCCUGCGCAGAACGUUGGACUAAACCGAGACCAACGAACGGCCGAAGAGAAAAAGUAACCUACCAGGGUGUCUACGAAGAGGAAGAAGGCGAACUUGCCAACCAUGAUCUCGAUCGAGGCCCAAGACAGGAGACGGGUCCGAAAGUUGUCCCGCAGGAUGACGCCGAUGAUCAGGAAGAAGGUGAACUGGAUAGUAUCGAAGAAGCCCUGCUCGAUUUCCACGAUUCGAUACCAGCCCCUGAACCACCACGGCCGUUCCCGAUUCGACUCUUGGCCCUUCCCAAGGCGCGCGCAUCGACCAUCGACCCGACCCGUAACCUGCUAAUCCUUCAACCCGGUGUGGAUGAGCCAAUGGUUUUAGGAAGAGAUCGAACGUUCGAGCCCUCGCUUCGGCUCAAGGAGAUGGAGGUCUCCAAAACUCAUGCAACAUUCUUCUGGCGAGCCGAUGGUGAACACGCUUCUCAUGGCUGGCACAUCGUCGAUAAUGCGAGUACCCAUGGUACUUUCAUAUCCCCCUCCGACGCCCACCAUCGUGCUACCCCGAAUCGGUUAUCAAAACCCAGGAAAGCUAGUUUGCCCUACAAGCUCAACCAUCUCGAUACCGUCAUGGUUGCUUCAGACGAGGAUCCGGUACUCGCAUUUCAAGUUCAUCUACACCCACGAUUUCCAUCCUCUUGUCAAGCAUGUGCUCUACUCUCUGAUGAAUCCAACCGAAUGAGUCUGGAAUCCCAACAGCCGGUCUCACAAGACGUAUGCAAGAUAGCCGAAAUACGAGAGGAAGAGAGAUAUGCGAUGAGUCCGGCGGAUGUCAAGCUCGAGCGAGAACGGAAACGGAAGAUCGAGAUGGCCAAGCUGCGGAACCAGUUCUUCGGCGACGAAGCCGAGCCGGCUUCGAAGAAGCAGAAGAAACCCGACCGGACGGGUGCCACGACGAACCAGCAGCCUGUUGAGGAAGAGAGUGUCGAGCAACCGGAGCCGAAGCAGUACCUAGACCGGGCGAAAUUACGUCGGCAGACCCACGGCCGAUGCCCUCCCUCGGCGCCUAUCCAGACGCCCAAGCCGUCGCAGGUCACAGCAGGAUCCAGCCGGAUUCCGGAGACGCAGGAGCCAGAGCCCAUGAGACGCGGGGCAGCCAUGCUGGCCAAGCUCGGAGGCAACCCGGACUCGCUGAAGUCUAUGGGCACCCUCAUCCAGGCUAGGACGCUCGGAUCCUCCCAGGCUGGCUUGGGCAGCCGCGAACUCGUCGUCGGGGUCGAGAAUAUCGGACGUCCUAAGGAUUGGAGAGAGGAGGCUAAGCUGGCUAAUUGGAGACGCUAUGGCCCUGCCAAAUAA